AUGGAUAAGGAAGGAGAACAUCUGCCUGAUGUCACAACUGGACCUGCUUCUGGCGUGCUGGUUGGAAUAGCGGCGCCAGAGCUGAACCUGGCCCUGGCCCGAGUCGAGGUCCAGCUGAUCCUUCAGAUUGGGAGGGGCAGUCAAGUCCUCACCGCUGGCCCCCCACCGCCCCUCUCUCCCAACUGCACCGCCGUGGCUUCGUCUCCUUCCCAGGUGCACCAGAACUACCAUCGGGACUGCGAGGCGGCCAUCAAUUGGCAGAUCAACCUGGCGCUUGACGCAUCCUACGUCUAUCUCAGCAUGUCCUACUACUUUGACCGUGAUGACGUGGCUCUGAAGAACUUUGCCAAGUGCUUCUUGCACCAGUCCCGUGAGGAGCGCGAGCAUGCAGAGAAACCUAUGAAGCUGCAGAACCAGAGGGGUGGUCGUAUUUUCCUACAGGGCAUCAAGAAACCACUGGCAGUAGUCAGCUGCUGCAUGGCGGCCCACCUGGGCUGA